AUGACCUCUACAUGGUCAACGGAUAUACGAUGGUCGAAACUUCGCCAAUUUGAGUAUGGAGAACCGAACAAUCACGCAGACGAGCUAAAGAAAGCUUUACACACAGCUAGCGAUGAUAGCGAUGAUGAAUGGCUUGCACAACUCGAGAGGGAUUAUGCCACAGCGAAACGAAAGCACCGCGCUUACUGGACUUCUCUUGAAAAAGUUUUGACAUUAGUCCUGAUAAUCUUCGUUGUGAUCACUAUUUCCUUAGCUUCUGUUCUAAUAUAUAAACAAUAUGACAUACCACUAAUAUUUGGAAGUAGCAGAUAUCGUAAUAAUAUUUGCGAAAAUCAAGGCUGUGUAGCUGCAGCGUACAAUAUUUUGAAUCAUGUGGAUGAAAGAGUUGACCCAUGUGAAGAUUUUUAUGGUUACUCUUGUGGAAAUUGGGUUAGAAGAAGCUUUACUCCCCCGGGUAGUUCAAAAUGGACAGCAUUUCACCAAGUUUCAGACAACAACCUCAUGAUUUUAAAGAAAGUCUUUGAACAAACGCACCUAGGUGGAAAUGAAACUGCUGCAAUGUUCGCCAAAGUUAACGACUACUUCUCAGCUUGCAUGAAUAAAACCAUAGUUGAAAGUCGAGGCUCCGAGCCCCUGAGAAAUCUUAUCCAAUUUGUUGGUUCGUGGGCCAUGAACGACAACGUGUCAGAUGCGGGGGCUUGGUCUCCGGAGUCUUGGAAUUUCGAGCAAGCGUUGAGUAAAAUUCACAAACUGAAGAGUAUGCCUCUGUUUUAUAUGUUUGUUUCUGCGGAUGACCGUAAUUCAAGCCAGAAUAUUAUACAGGUAAAGUAUGGUUAAACGGAAACGUUUCUUCAUUUGCAUGGUUGGUUUACACGCGCUGCCUUAGCCUGCCAAGCUUAGAUUUGAUAGGAAUAAAAACACCGUUCCCGUAAUUUGUAUUUCCGCGAUUUACAUCAUCUUCAUUCUACGUUUCAUUCUUUUCAGGGUUAAGAUAACCUCAAAAAAUUGGCCUGCACCCAAUGUAUAGGUCAUCAUAGCUCAGUUGGUGGAGCCAGCACCGCACCAGUGCAAAGGCUAUGGGUUUGAGUCUCAUUGAAACCCCGGAUAUUUUUUGCUGGUUUAAUUUUCAAUUGCUUAAAUUGCUAUUAAUAUUAACUGCGACGACCAUAUCUUAAUUAUAAGAAUUCGUCUUGUUACCACUAUAAGCCGACAAGGGUCCUAUUGAAAUAAUCUGAACAACGUUGUUUUAUCUCGUAGAUUCAACAAGCAGGAAUCACAUUAUCUGACCGAGAUUAUUACUACAGAAAUGAAUCGGACAAGGUAAUCUAAUAUGUCACCAUCGUUUUUGCUUUCUUCUCAAAACAUGAAUCCACUCUCCAAAAAAUGUCCUCUUUUCAAUUGCAACCAACCAUCUUAUCAAUGUAGGUCCUGCAAGCGUACAAAGAAUUUAUGGUCAAAGUGGGCACACUCCUGGGUGGAGAACUGAAUGCAACACGAGCCCAGAUGGAGGAAGUGUUUCAAUUUGAAAAGAAACUGGCCGAGAUUUACGAACCAAAAGAGCGCCUUAGAAACAUGGAGGAGAUUUACCACAAGAUAACUGUUGCCGAUCUUCAACAACUAGCACCUGCGGUAAGAAAAUGCGCAUUGCAAUGCUGAUGAUGAGAUUCCGACGAUCGCGCUGACUUUUUUUUUAGAGAAAAAAAAUGUUAAUUAGAAGAUUCUUUUGAUGGUUACGAACCACACUCCUUUCUAACUCUCAAAGGGUGGGUGUGCAACUCUGGAAUCACCGUGAAUGAAUGAGAGAGAACGAGAGAGACGGAGAAGGGUGUACUGUGCAUGUAUCGGGCUUAGCAACUCUGAAAUAUGCAGAAUUUCUUGGAAAGGAAAACUCUGGAUAUUAAUCAGAGUUUCUGUUUUGAGUAUAGUAGAAACAAUGAAAGAUCUUGUUAGGGAGAGGUCGUUGUGAAAUUAUAGCGCAAUGUGCAAAGAUAGGCCUUCGACUUGAGCUUCUUGUCUUGGAAUCAUUUACACAAUCACAAUUGCAAUUGUUGCUCACAUCUGACUUCAUUUUACGUGACACUUGUCUUUUAGAUUUCGUGGUUGGAUUACAUGAACACGAUGUUUUUCAGUCCUGUAACACAUGAAGAGUACGUGGUGGUUUACACUCCAGAAUACCUAAAGAACAUGUCAAACCUUGUCAUUAUGACGGAUAGAAGGUAACACUGUCGCAAAUUUAAUGAGCAACUGAAUGUAAAAAGGAUAUGGUAAAACAGGAGCCUCUCCGUGUCAGGUGCAAAAUAAUAAUAAUGAAAAAGAUACCUAAGAGCAGUAAAUGAUGCAAGUCCAAUGAAACGCAGUCAGGGAUUCAAAUUCUCCAAGCCCUCAGACUCAUUUUCAGGCGCUCCUGGGACAAAUUUGAUGAGAAUACUUUGCACAAAGGACUUCCGGACGAUAAGCUUGCAGCUCUACUGCAUCACUACUAUCUAAAAAAACCUUUGAGCAAGGUGAUCCACACGACACAUGAAUAAAACUUUCUGAUUCGGUCUUGCCUCAUCUCUAAUGUAGAGAUGCUUGAGCCAGACAAAACUGUGUGUUCAGUUUGUUUUACUAUCUACGACCCUUUGGUCCUUCCCAACUUACCACCCAAAUGAGAACGAGCCUAUACCAAGUCCAAAUUGGUUGAGAAAAUUAUUGCCAAAGGUGUUUGCAUAUGUUUUUCUCUUGAUCUCUUGACAUAAGAGAAGAAAAAUUUGAUGACUCAUAAUUUGAGGCAAUAACAAUGCUCGAGCAUCAACGAACUAAUGUUCAGAACAACAACUUCCAUUGAAGCCAGUUGAUCAGUUUGUUUAAAUCUCGUAGAAUACUCGCAAAUUACAUGGUGUGGCAUUUAAUUAAACCUCUGAUCGGCGAGCUGUCCAAACCAUUCCGUGACGCAUCAUUGGAACUGUUAAAAGUCGAGAAAGGCGUAGAAGGAGGUGCGCCGCCUUGGAAGACCUGUGUUACAAAAACUAACUCAGUCAUGGGGUUUGCUACUGGAUACUUGUUCAUCAAGGAGCAAUCUGGCAAAAACGCCAAGAAAGAGGUGAUUUUGACGUCAAAAUGUUUUUCUAUUGCCCUUUUAUUUGCUCACAAUGCUUUUUUAAAAUAAAUAAGUGAGGCUCAACUUCCGUCUCGACUCUAAUCUGUUCAAGUGAAUAAGAACUAUCAGUUUGUUGCAACUCUGAAUAAGGUAAGAAAGCUCCCUUGCAAAGAUGUACCCUGGUUUAAGAGGAUCCAUUCCAAGAGUCUCUUCUUAAGAUGAGCUAAAUAAUGGCAUCGCUCAUGAACCCAUGCAAUUUAAAUUAAAAACAUCUGCGAACCUUCUUUCACCGGGGCCUGGUGACGACGACGAUAAAUAUAAUGGUGAUCAAAAAUGAUGAUAACAGACCUCCGUGAUGAUAAUGAUAAUGAUGAUGAUGAUGAUGAUGAUAAUGAUGAUGAUGAUGAUGAUGAAUGAAUGAUGGUUGUGGUGAUGAUGAAGAAAGUGGUUAUGUGUAGUAUUUAAUUCUUUCACAUUCUUUUCCCUACCAAUUGUAUUUUUGAGUAGGCGGAAGACAUGAUAGCAGGGAUAAAGAGAGCGUUCAUAACAAACCUCCCGCACGUAGAGUGGAUGGACGAAGAAACCAGAGGCAACGCUUUAAAGAAGGUACAGGUUACAACCGACCUUGAGAUCUUGAUUAUAGUAGAGGAGAUGAUUUGAGCUUGAGUUCUUAUGCAAUUAGAAGAAUAUAGAUUCUUUUUUCACAUAUGAUCUGAAUAGAGUAAUUCUUUUAAACGAUCGAACUGAAAAGGCUAAGAAGAGGGUUCAGUUAAAGUAUCAUGUCCACCUCUGGAAGGUUUGUGAUAACCACACCCAGUUUAGCAAACAACUAAAGCGUGCCGCGAGAGAUCGCGCGAGCGAGUCGCGAAGCUGCCACCCUUGGGCUCCUGUCUCCUUUCACGCGCAGCUCUUGCGUUAAUCGAGAGCUUGCUCGCAGGCUACCAAAAGACCCAAAAAGACAAACUAGGUCAAGAAGGACGUUCUUGUGAUCUGCUAAUUGAAAACACUAAGAUCAGAGCUGACCAAAGGAUAACGUUUUUGCGAUUUCGUAUUUCAGGUUAUUGCCACUUUUGACAUGAUAGGUUAUCCAAGGUGGAUUGAAGAUUUGGAAAAGCUUGACAAGUACUACGAAAAUGUGAGUCUCUAAGCUCCAUUGAUUAGUUAAGGGGCAUUCUGCACCAGUACCAGUCAGCGGUACUAAAACUGAGCAUGCUUGCUCUCCGUUGUUCGUGGCUCGGCUGAAGUUGAUUUGAGAAGGAAAUGAGCUGAGAGACACCUUGUUUGAUGGUAGACUAUCUGGCAUUUGUCUACGGCUGAUUAUUCCCUUCAAAUUUUAACAACCCUCAAAUCCAAUAUUUUCAAUUUUCCAUAAUUUUAAAAAACACUGUUCGCCUCAAUUUUUAUCUAUUACUAAAAACAUUCGAAAAUCAUCCAAAAAAUCUCACACAUGUCAUUGUAUUGAACCAAUUACUACGACCUGGAGCUAUUUAAGUGAAUGAAAUCUUAGCUAGAGUUGGAAGAAAAAGGGUAGAAGUAAACGAAAAACUGUCAAGGAGUUUAACCAGAAUUACCCCUAAAGCAAUGUAGAGUGGGCUAAAUUCUGCCUGAGAAAGUUUUAUAUUAGAACAGAUGGUCCGUUUUCCUUUGAUUCGAAAAAUUACCUGGACGAAACAACACUAAGAUUCUGAGGCUUGAUAAGGGUACAGUAUACGCAUCAAAUGACUUACGUUCUUUUGGCAGCUAACAAUUGGUGCUGAAACUAGUUUUGAAAAUUAUCUGGAGGCAAGAAGGUUUUUUCAUAACAAGUCUAUGAUUAGACGAGGAAAGCCUGUCGACAGACAAGAGUAAGUACUUAAUAGAAACAUAUAGUAAAUUUUUGCAGUAUUGUAAGUUAUUCUUCUCUUGCCUCCCAAGUAUCCUUACUGAUGUUUUUGCACUUUCUGCAUCAUCCACGUUAAACGAAUGGAAAAGCGUCCUUCCUCAUCCCUUUCAAUAAAAGCAUAUUUAAGUGUCCCCGAUUAAUAGGCCUCCUUAGGCAUGCUAGAAGAUUUUGACACUUGAAUGAAGUUUGUACGUAUGUAGUAUUUGGCAUUUUUGAAACAUUGUUUGUUACGUUGAUCCCCAUAUUAUGCCACAGUUAUGUUCUCAAUAAUCAUCAUCGUGAUCUUCAGCGGAAUCAUGCCUAAUCAUCAUUAUCAGAUCUUUGCUAUUAUUAAAUUUAUCAUUUUAUCAUCAGGUGGCACAUGAGUCCUGCUGACGUCAAUGCGUACUACAAUUCUCCUAACAACUAUAUAGGUUUGUUACCUUUUAACCCUCUUACUCCUCCAGUCCUGGCUGCUAUACAUUUUAGUGUACAUGAGUUUAGAGAAAUUGGGGUUAUAUCAAUCUGGCAUCCUUUGACGGAUAAAUUUGCUAAUUCGCAUCACCUAGUCAUCAUUACUGGAUCGAUUAAUGCGACGUCUUUAUUGGUCAAUUAGAUCAAAAGUCGGGUCCACAAAAACAUGUCACAAAGGAAUCUGACAGGCUUCAUAACCUGAUUCUAUGCUAUCAACUAUCCUCUAAAUAACAGAUAGUUUUAACUCAACUUAAUCUCUCCCUAGCUGAUGAGGUUCCUAAUUCUUCUCGUUUCUUACACAGCGUUUCCGUCCGGUAUUCUGCAGCGGCCAUUUUUCGACCCUGACUUUCCCCAGUGAGUAUGAAGUGUCAUUACUUUUACACACUUUCUAACCAGAAUGUGAGAGCGCCGAUUAAGAACUUAGCCCCAUUCACACUAAAGCUUAAACAUGUUUGAAGGCUGUUUAGUUGAACACGGAUAAAAUUUUUGAUUGCACACUUAGUGCAAAUUAAAAAACAUUUUGAAUCCUGUUUGAAACCAGUAUUCCAGUUUUCCGUGUUGGAUUUUCAUUUUUUAAAACCUGGUUUAAUUUAAUAUGUUUAGCUGAUGUCGAUGGGGCAUUACAUGUAAAUCCUCUUUCCAGGUCAGUGAAUUACGGUGCUCUUGGUGUGGUAAUGGGACAUGAACUAACUCAUGGAUUUGACGAUCGAGGUAAGGGACUGACUCACUGACUCGUAAAUGUGUUAUUUUUGCUGCUCGGCAACGCUUUUUCUAUCUUUAAGACAUUCCUUUAUCGAUUGGGUAUUAUUUAAGGGAUAAAAUAUAAAAAAGUAAUCACUAUUUUGUACUAACUUCAGGUCGCCUGUUUGACGAGCAUGGUAACCUGGCCAGCUGGUGGAACAACCAGUCCGUGGAGGCCUUUCAGCGACAUGCUUCGUGUAUGGUUAAUCAAUAUGCCAACUUCAGUGUCGCAGGAACGAACGUAAGAGAGACUUUUGUGUUAUUAUUAAUAACAGAGUCAUUGUCGACUUCCGUUCCUUUCUUUCCUUUCUUCCUCUAUUUUUCCUUUAUUUAUCUAUUUAUUUAUUUUACUCUUCUUUACAUUUGAGAUAUACUCCACUUGCAAGAAGUUUUAAAUUAUUUGUUAAUUUAUAAGUAAACUAGUACAUUAGUUAAAAUAGAGGAGGGAUCCUGUUUCACCGUAAAAGGUAGCAUUUAAGGAGCUUCAAUAGACUAAUAGAUGAUAAAUGAAAGAAAAUGAUGAAAUUUUCUUUUUUCGUUAACUAUAAAAUAUAGACAGACUUAAUUUCCAGUUUGGUCUCGUGGCAGGUUAAUGGCAAGCAAACACUUGGCGAAAACAUAGCGGACAAUGGUGGACUAAAGCUUGCAUACGCAGUAAGUUUGCUGUCGAACGAGACAAAGAUCAUUGUACCCUGCUAAAGCUAAGGGAAAACCAUAUCAGCGACGUGGCAGGGGCAGAGGAGUCGCUAAGGGGAGAAAAAGCGCACUCUUUCUUCUCGCAAACGUCUUUUCCUCCUCUAUCCGUUUCAUAAACUUACGUUGUCAAAAACUAUGCGCUCGACAAUUUUCAACACUUUUGAUAAAGGCAGGCUGAAACAUUCUCUAUUUUCCAAUUUAAAAACGAAAGGAAACUGGGGCAAGUUAACUUGCACCGUUACAAUAGACAAGGAAAAAAAUUAGUCAAUAGCUGACCGGCCCGUCGAUCCCAGAAACAAUAGCGGGACGCAUUUCGGCUCCAGUUGCCUUCUCGUUGCUCAAGUGGCGAAUGCAACUACCUUGUUACUAGGGCCAGGAUUCUCAUGAUGUAGCGUUGUUCGUAUUCAUGGGUUUCCACUGAAAUAAGCUAUAACCGGUGAUUUAGUGACAAACUGCUUUUUACAACAGACCUCUCUAAGAAACCAGAUUUUCGGUGUGGUCCUAAAAAACUGUGAGUGCUAAGAGCUUAUCACCUGGUGUCUGAUUUGAUACCACAGGCAUACCAAGACUGGGUGAGGAACAACAGCAAAGAAUUGAAACUUCCAGGAUUAGACUUCACGCCCGAACAGCUAUUUUUCCUUGGCUUUGCACAGGUAUGGGUCAUACAUCUUUUGCGCAAUUCAAGACGCGGUGUUUUUCUUUAAGGAGCAAAGUUAUGACACCAAGCUGAGUUCCAAAGGGUUACCAUGUUAGUAAGACGCAUAUGUUUCUCCGUCUGUGGUUAAAAAUAGCGUUGCAUAAAAAAUGAGUUCGCGCUUUUCCAAUCUCAAUUUGUCAGUUGGUUGCGAAUAUUUCUGAAGUUGAAUUCUAAAGGACUCAUCCACCUCAGAAAAACAAAAUCAUGAAUUAAGAAGUUUCAAGUCGCAGUCGUGAAAGAACAGCAACGAAAUGUACCAAAAAGUGUGACGCAGGUGCAAAGUUGUUGUUUUGCUGAAAUAAACUCAUUGCUUUUAGCCGUUUUCGUUACCGCCGCCGCCCGGUCGGAUCUUAUGGUUCCUUAAGGUGGGAAAGAAUACAUUUACAAUGAUAACGUUAUAGAUUGUCAUCUUGAACUAAGAAUCUCAUAAGGAAGUUGCAUGCACUGCAAACAUUUUGUGGUAGUGAUUAUUUUGUGGUGAACGAGUCAAAGAAGGAGGGUAUCUUUUAGCCUUAACCACCCCUCCCAUUGUUCGUCCUUUCACUCCCUCCUAUAUAUUCCUCUGAUUUCAAUAACAAAGAUGACCACCACACACUGGGACUACAGAGCGCUCUCUCACUUGAGAAGAAAAACGCGUCCACUGCAGGCUAAUUAGAGUAAACAAAACAUACAUAUGUUCAGCCCUGUGCACACUAAUGCGUUUUCAAAAGUAUGAGUUUUCGUUGUUAUCGAAAAAGCAUCGAUCGGUUUGCGUCCACACUACCGUUUUGGUGCGUUUUCCACUGUCUACACUAAACCGAUAGAAUUGCACGCUGUGACGUAAGCUGAACUCUAUGCGCAUGCUACAAAAAAACGCACCUGCAUUAUUUUUGGUAAUCGUUUUCAUUUUGAUGCGUUUUCGACCGUCCACACUAAUAUAACAUGUAUGCGUUUUCGUUUUGAUCCACUUGCAACAGCGUUUUCAAAUCGGGUAUGAAAACACUCAGCGUAUUAGUGUGGGAGGAAGGCCUAAACGCACCUAAAUGUAUGCGCUUUUAAACGAAAACGCAUUAGUGUGGACAUGGCCUCAGACAGAGUGAAUACGACUUAUAUUGAGCUCGGUUCAGCAAAUUACAUUUAAGAUCACAACCAUUCUUGAAAACCUGAUUUAAAACGCUAUGUUUUUUUUCCUGCAGGUUUGGUGCUCGGCGACUUCCGAAGGACGAGCUCAGCAUGCUCUGUUAACUGAUGUACACAGUCCUGAGAAAGUAAGGUAAGUUGACGCGGCUGAUUUUUUUUGUUUUGUCUGGGUCCUGUUCCCUCAUUCCUAUGAGCAAAGACACCAGCUCGAGGCUUGGGGUGAUUAGAAUGAAAUGCUCCACCCAAGCAUCGACCUCUUUGCAGCGACGUUUUUGAGCGACUCGCGUCAAAGGGAGGUGAGCUUUUCUCUCUUUUAACAUGCCUUGACGCUACCAAAUUUGUAUUCAGUUGUCAAGUGUCUUUACUCUUAUAGUUUAUUCGAGAAUCGAUCACUUGCAUAAAAGCUUUUUUUCUCUACUCGGCAGUAUCUUCUUGGAUGUUUUUUUUGUUUGUUUGCAGUGAUGGAGAAUGGAGGUUUUUUUUAAAUUUUUGCUGGCUGACGGUGAUAUUUUAACCGCAAAUAACACACCGAAUAACCUGGCGUGAGUGUAGCAAUAUACUAGAUAUCCGCAGCCACAUUCGUCCCUGGGGGUUCUCCCAUUUAUCGUCCUGUUUUCUAAGGGAAAAGCCCUAGGAUGAGGUUGAUCCGGAGCGUUUUGAAAUUGUUUCUCAGUUUAGCUUUCUGCAAGCACUUAAUAAUUCAAUAAAACCCAUACAGUUACAUUAAGAAAGUGCUUAACUUUCAGAUUUUGGUAAAAGUACUUUUUACUGAAUGGAAAAUUCCACAGGUAAAAUUACUCCAAAUAAACGUCACAUAAAACAACUAUAAUUACCAAAUAAAUCCUGCAAAUAUAAAGCAACUAGAUCAAUAUCAGAGGGCAUGGGUGGUACGACAGUCAAGCUAUCCUUCUUCAAGUUGUAUCCUAACAUGAAGGACGGCUUGAGUUGAGUCCAGAAAUCAGAGGUCGGGGGAAACAUUCUUCUCGACUCGCUUGCUUCUUCGCUGGGUUGAUCAUUUUAAAUCAUUCUCGUUACUACAAGGCAGCAGGGUUUGGAUACGGUCGUGUUAAUAUAAAAAUUGCACAGUGACAUUAAAAUCUAUCUUAGAACGCAAAAAAAUAGAGAAUGCGGAAAUGCGUGUUGAAUGUAGCUAAUCCGGUCUAGUUUAUAGACUUCUUGUUUUUCUUUUUCCUUUUGUAGGGUUCUCGCAGCAGUUGCAAAUUCAGAGGAAUUUUCCGAAGCCUUUCAGUGUCCUCUGAAUAGUCUAAUGAAUCCCGUCAAGAAAUGUAAAGUUUGGUGA